AUGGAAUCGCGCCCCCGGAAUCGACGGCUGGUGACCUAUCGCUCCACCGCUAAUAAUCAAUCGCAAUCCAAAACUGUACUCCCACGUCCGUCUACCAAACAUACGCCAACUAAGUCGCGCCAUUCACAUCAAUCAAGCCAUCACCCACUAGAUAGUAAACUGAAAGAAGAGCAGCCCCAAGUGUUGGCUGGGACUUCAGACGAGAAGAUUUAUGAUUUACCAUCGUCAGACGAAGAAGAUCAACAACAAUAUAUGCCGAGGCGAAAAAGACGACGGCAUAGCUCGAAUGGGCAUACGAUCACCUUGCGACAGGAUAUUGUGGGCUCGCGACAACCCAUAGCGAUCGAGAAGGAUGUCAAAUCAGACGGAAUCUCCACCAAGAAAUUGAACCCCGCAGCUCCCCAGAUUAUGACUGCCUCACCUCGAAGAAGAAAAGGCGCAGUUAAUCAUCAAGGGAGCUUUGAGCAACUAGAGGAUCAUGGGUUACGCGAUCCCGAACCGCACACGUCUACGCCAGGCGAGAAUGAGCGACCCAAGAAUUCCGAGACACAGGAACGUGUCACUCGGAACGCGCAACCUAGCUUCAAAUCCCCUGGGUCUCCAGGGUGUACCAUGCCGCUUACGAGAAAUGGUACUCCUGGCCGUCGAAGACUAAUAGACUCGCUUGGCACCAGGGAACACUCAGCCAAGGGGUCAUCACCAGAUAUGCCGGCUGAAAGUCAAUUAUCUUCUCCCGUGGCUCCUACGCCAAAUCGACGAUCAGACCUUGCACAAUCAAGAACGCCGGUCGAAAGUCAAUGUGAUAGUCACGGCCAGGACCCUACCAUUGCACCCUCGCCCCACUUACGUGGCUCUAAAGUCACAUAUGCCCGUCAACGCUCAUUUCUAGAUGACCUUCUUUUGGAAACUGGACCUUCGGGCGUAAAUCUUGCACUUGGUGCGGAGCAGAAUGACCAGCUAGCUGACCCUCACCAUAUGAAUUCCAAUCCUGGGUCUCGGGCUCGUCUUUUCACCAUUGAGGAACCCGACAAUGAUGAUUCCGCUGUUCGGAGCAUCCAUGAACUUCGUCAAGCUGGCGGAAAUGCUCGUUACCGGGGCGCGGUCGAGUCCAUCUUCGAAGACAUUGAGGAUAUCCACAUCUCCACAUCGGGCCGGUGCAGUGCAUUGGUGCAACUCUGCAGCAAGUUGCUCAAUCCAAAGCUUGCACAUCAAUUUCUGGAGUGCAAUUUUGAUAGGAGGCUGGUGGAUCUGUUCCGCAGCGACUUUGACUUGACCUCCUCUUCACUUGCCCUCUGUGCCUACAAACUUUGUGCCAUCGGGCGACCUCUUCCCUAUAUUCUCGCCACGACUGCCUUGCCCAAGCUUUUGGAUAUUUCACUUCCCUUGUUGGACGUUCAAGAUGACCUGUUUGCAAUGGCACGUAUUCCGCGCUUGAAAAUAGCUAAGGCUACUCAAUUAUCCAUCCAACACAUUCUCCCAAGACUUCAGUCAAUGAUGCUUCCCGAUGCUCAUAUGGUCAAAUUAUCCCCCUGCUUCUUAAUACUUCAAUGCCUGAGGACGACUAUGGCGGCAAUUCAGGAGAAAGGCGAGCAUCCCAGCGGUCUUCCCGUGCCAUUCUUGAAGCGAUUGGUGAAUCUCAUGCUAUCUACCAACACUUACCGGGAGGAAAGCUCAACCAUUGUUGGAGUAGAAGCCUCCCAAAAUCUAAUGUUGGGAUUGUCUAUUCUAGAAGCACAUACGAUCUCUGGGGGUCUUCUUACCGAGGACCAUCGUGAUGUUCUAGGUUCCAUUUCAAGUCUGUAUGGUUUGCUUUCAGUGAAAGGUGACGGGUCAGUGAAUACGAUCAGCCAGGAUAUUCAAAGUCUCUAUAUCCGAGUGAUCCUGAACGUUACCAACAGCCAUCCUAACCUUUGCGAUGACUUUGCAACGCCCGAGAUGAUAGAUGAACUGGCCGCAAUCGCAAUCGCCAAUUUUGCUGACUUGUCCAAAGAGCCCCUCGCUCAGGAUAACAGCAAUUCUUUAGAUACCGUGAUCCUGGCACUGGGGGCUCUGAUCAACGUAACUGAACAAAGCGAAACCUCGCGUAUCGUUUUCCUCAACUCACGGAGUUCAGGCCCGUCUCUCCUCGGCCAAUUACUGCAGCUAUUUUUGAUUCAUGUCGAUUCCACCUCCGAGGCACAUUCUGUCCCGGCAGUUCAUCAUAACGUUGCAAUGGGAUAUUUGGCGGUCCUCCUCCUAGCCUUGUGUCUUAAUUCCAGUGCUCGAGCCGAGGUAAAGAGAUCGUUGCACUCUAGGGGCUUAUCGGCGAUCCUGUCGACGGUUGAAGAAUUCUUGCAAUAUCACCGCAAGAUCGACCAAGAACUACAAAGCCUCCCGGCACAAGGUGAUUCAAGUGGAUUCCAUAUUCGAUUGCAGGACCUGGUUGGUCGAAUUCGACUCAUCGAGUGA